GUAGGGUUUUAUUUCCCGCUUGCGUUUCUUCUUUCCCUGGCCUGUAGUUGUAGACCGUAAUGUCCAUCCGCCACCUCCUCCUCCGCGCUUUUCCCGGCGGCGCCUCCGAUCGCCGUCUCCCCCACCUCCCCUUCUCCCUACUAUCUCUUAUUCCUUUCCGCCACUUCGCCUUCUCCUCAGCCGAGGAGGCUGCCGCCGAGCGCCGCCGUCUCAAGCGACGCCUCCGCAUCGAGCCCCCGCUCCACGCCCUCCGCCGCGACACUACUUCGCCUCGACCACCACGCGACCCCAACGCCCCCCGCCUCCCGGACUCCACCUCCUGUCUCGUCGGUCCCCGCCUCAACCUCCACAACCGCGUCCAGGCCCUCAUCCGCGGAGGCGAUCUCGACGCCGCCUCCUCCACCGCUCGCCAGGCCGUCUUCUCCGCCGUCCGCCUCACAGUCUUUACCUGCAACGCCGUCAUCGCUUCCAUGCUCCGCGCAGGCCGCCUCGAUGACGUCGUCGCCCUCUUCACCUUCUUCUUCAACCAAUUCAAGAUCGUCCCCAACGUCGUCUCCUACAACAUUCUCAUCCACUCCCACUGCAAAUCCGGCCGUGUUGAUGCUGCCCUCGACGUCUAUCGCCACGUCCUAGACAAUGCUCCCUUUUCCCCCUCAUACAUCACCUACCGCCAUCUCACCGAGGGCCUCGUCGCCGCUGACCGCAUCCAGGAAGCCGUCGACCUCCUCCGCGAGAUGCUCAACCGCGGCCACGCGGCUGACUCCAUCGUUUACAACACUCUCAUGGCUGCCUUCAUUGAGUGCGGCAACAUGGAGAAGGCUCUUGAUCUCUUCGAUGAGCUCCGAGAGCGCUGUCUGGUCUAUGAUGGCGUCGUGCAUUCGACUCUGAUGGAGGCCUACUUCAAGCGUGGAAUGGACAAGGAGGCCAUGGAGUCGUAUCGCUCGCUUCUAGAUCGGCAGUUCAAGAUGACCCCCGCCACCUGCAACACCCUCAUAGUGACCCUGUUGAGGCACGACAAGCUGCCCGAGGCAGAAAAUAUGUUUGAGAAUAUGCUAGACAACCACAACCCUCCUUUCUUCUUGGCGAUCAACACCAACACUUACAACCUGAUGGUGAACCAGCGGUUCAAGGAAGGCAAAUUCUUGGAGGCUAUUGAGACAUUCCACCGGCAGCCCGUGAAACCAUGUGUCAUGGACGUUGCUUGCUUCAAUAACAUCAUAGGUAAGCUCUGCGAAAAUGGGCUACUUCCAGAGGCAGAGAAGUUGUUUGCAGAAAUGCCUGAUAAGUCAGUUAACCCUGAUGCAACAACUUAUGGGUCUUUAGUUGUUGCCUGCUUCGGGGAUGGGAGGCCAGAUGAUGCUGUUCACUACUUCGAGAAUAUGAUUAAACGUAGUGGGGAAAGCCCUGGCUUCAGAGUUGAUGUGGGGUUUUACAAUAAGGUUUUUGAUGGACUGGUGAAGAUAGGAAGGACCAGUCAAGCAAUGGAGAUUUUUGAGAAGAUGCGGGAGAAGGGGACCAGACCAAAUCUGUUAAGUUAUGAGAUUUUGGUUACUGCACUGUGUAAUGCUGGAAAUCUCGACCGAGGACGAGAGUUGUUCGAGCAGAUGCUUCAAAGCUGUAUAAGUUCUACUGCUGAAUUGAAUGUUUUCCUAUUGGACGCUUUUGAAAAGGCAGGACGAAGCCAGGAGAUAGAAGGGCUACUCAUUGGCAAUUCAGGCAAUGUAUCUCAAGCACAGCAGCAGUAGUUUGAACUAGACAUUUCUACACCAAUUACAGAUCAAAGCCAAUUACUGCUAGGAAGUCAUUUCAAACAAAUGAGAGAACUGAUUCUGUUUCAGUUAUUGGACAAAGCAAACUCUCAAACAAAUCUGACUCUAGGGAACUGAAAUGCAUCACACUAGCGAAAAGGUACUAUGCAAUGGUUAUCUAUGCCAACCAUUAUAAAUGCUCUUAUAUCUUUAUCAAAACACAAGCCUGGAGGGUACAAGUCUGCACAGUUUGAACAUUUUUUAGUAUAU